AUGAUUCCUUUUCAGGUUUUCUGGAUAGAGUCUCUCUCUCUGAGAGUCUUCCGUUCUAUCCAGCAAGACACAAGGAAGCCCACAGUUGCGCUGUCUGCUGUAGCUGGUGCCUCACAGGUCAAAUGGAAUAAAAAGAAUGCUAAUUGCCUUGCCACCAGUCAUGAUGGGGAUGUGCGGAUAUGGGACAAACGGAAACCCAGCACGGCAGUGGAGUAUCUCGCAGCCCACCUCUCCAAAAUCCACGGCCUGGACUGGCACCCAGACAUUGAGCACGUUCUUGCUACCUCCAGUCAGGACAACUCUGUCAAGUUCUGGGAUUACCGCCAGCCUCGGAAAUACCUCAGUAUUCUCCCUUGCCAGGUGCCUGUCUGGAAGGCCAGAUACACUCCUUUCAGCAAUGGACUGGUGACUGUGAUGGUCCCCCAGCUGCGGAGGGAAAAUAGUCUCCUCUUGUGGAACGUCUUUGACUUGAACACCCCAGUCCACACGUUUGUGGGCCACGAUGAUGUGGUGCUGGAGUUCCAGUGGAGGAAACAGAAGGAGGGGUCCAAGGACUACCAACUGGUUACGUGGUCACGGGAUCAGACCUUGAGAAUGUGGCGAGUGGAUUCCCAGAUGCAGAGGCUUUGUGCAAACGACAUAUUAGAUGGUGUCGAUGAGUUCAUUGAGAGCAUUUCUCUUCUGCCGGAACCAGAGAAGACCCUUCACACUCAAGAUACAGAUCACCAGCACAACUUGAGCCACGGGGAGGAAGAAGUCUUAAAGGAAGACCCCCCGAGCAGUAUCCUGGAAGAGAAUAAAUCGGAGCAGCCAGGGCUGCCUCAGACUCUGCAGCAAGAGUUCUCGCUGAUCAACGUGCAGAUCCGGAACGUCAACGUGGAGAUGGACGCGGCGGACAGGAGCUGCACAGUAUCCGUGCACUGCAGUGGUCACCGUGUCAAGAUGCUGGUGAAGUUCCCUGCGCAGUACCCCAACAACGCUGCCCCUUCCUUCCAGUUUGUCAACCCCACAACCAUCACAUCCACGAUGAAAGCGAAGCUGCUAAAGAUCCUGAAAGACACUUCCCUGCAAAAAGUGAAACGAAACCAGAGUUGUUUGGAGCCCUGCCUGCGCCAGCUCGUCUCCUGCCUUGAGUCUUUCGUGAACCAAGAAGACAGCACUUCCAGCAACCCCUUUGCACUCCCAAACUCUGUCACUCCGCCCUUACCAACGUUUGCCCGAGUGACCACUGCCUAUGGGUCAUACCAGGAUGCCAAUAUUCCCUUCCCUAGAACCUCGGGGGCCAGGUUCUGCGGAGCAGGGUAUCUGGUGUAUUUCACAAGGCCAAUGACGAUGCAUCGAGCAGUGUCUCCGACAGAACCUACUCCAAGGUCUCUGUCAGCUUUGUCUGCUUAUCAUACUGGCUUGAUUGCUCCCAUGAAGAUCCGCACGGAGGCCCCUGGGAACCUUCGUUUGUACAGCGGGAGCCCCACUCGCAGUGAGAAGGAGCAAGUCUCCAUCAGCUCCUUCUACUAUAAGGAGCGGAUGUCUCCUCGCUCUGCCCGGCGACGUUGGUCCAUACAAGCAAUUAACGACUUCCCGAAAUCCAGGAGAUGGAAAAGCAAGCGUGAGGGAUCGGACUCCGGCAAUCGACCGAUCAAGGCUGCUGGGAAAGUUAUCAUCCAGGACACUGCAUGCCUUCUUCCUGUUCACAAAUCACUGGGAGAACUGUACAUAUUGAAUGUGAAUGAUAUUCAAGAAACAUGCCAGAAGAAUGCCACUUCUGCCUUGCUUGUUGGAAGGAAGGACCUUGUCCAGGUAUCAUGCAUCCCUCCUGAUGGCCAUCUGGAUUAUCCUUCCUCUAUCUCUUCUCUUGACUUUUUUUCUCUCAUUUUUUCCUCCAGGUUGGCUCACUACUGCCGACUCCGGGACGUCCAGACAUUGGCCAUGCUCUGCAGCGUGUUUGAAGCCCAGUCUCGGCCCCAGGGAAUACCAAACCCCUUCGGACCCUUUCCCGGCCGGUCCUCUAACCUUGUGGUGUCCCACAGCCGAUACCCCAGCUUUACUUCCUCGGGCUCCUGCUCAAGCAUGUCAGACCCAGGGCUCAACACUGGUGGCUGGAACAUAGCGGGAAGAGAGUCAGAACAUGUCUCCUCACCUUGGGGAGAGUCUUCUCCAGAAGAAAUCCGCUUUGGGAGUCUUACCUACAGUGAUCCCCGUGAGCGAGAACGUGAUCAGCAUGAUAAAAAUAAAAGGCUUCUGGACCCCGCCAAUACCCAGCAAUUUGAUGACUUUAAGAAAUGCUAUGGAGAAAUCCUCUAUCGCUGGGGUCUGAGAGAGAAACGAGCUGAGGUGCUGAAGUUUGUCUCCUGUCCUCCUGAUCCUCACAAAGGGAUUGAGUUUGGCGUGUACUGUAGCCACUGUCGGAACGAGGUCCGUGGCGCGCAGUGUGCCGUCUGCAAAGGCUUCACGUUCCAGUGUGCCAUCUGCCACGUGGCCGUACGCGGGUCGUCCAAUUUCUGCCUGACCUGCGGGCAUGGUGGGCACACCAGCCACAUGAUGGAGUGGUUUCGGACCCAGGAGGUGUGUCCCACCGGGUGUGGAUGUCACUGCCUGCUUGAAAGCACAUUCUGAACUCACAGACCAUGGGAGUUGUCGCAAAUCCCACAGGAUUCCGUACGUGUUGGAUGACAAGGUCUCCCACCAGGAGGGAGGCUCCAGAAAGCCAUUCUUGAAUAGACUGGAGCGUGUUCCCCUCAAGACUGCCACCGCACCAGCUGUUGAUGAGCUUUUGCUUCUCUUCUGUUUGGCUCUUGAUGGCGUGGAUGUCACCGGGAAGGAGGAGAGCAGACUUGCAGAGCCACAUAGCCAGGUGGAAAUCUUCUUGAAGAAAAGCACCUGCCUCCAGAGCCGUAUUUACCUUCAGGGUGUUAACCUUAAACCACUGAACAGCAUCCUUUCUGAUGCCAUUUCAGACCAAGGUCGGAUACAAAGGACAGUCUCCUGAGCCGAAGGACAGUGGACGUUAACUUAGUUGAUAAGUAGGUCUAUGAUAUAAGUUGGUACAUUUAAAUGAACUGAUGGAUAGUGGCCUUUUAAAAAUGAUAUUUAAAGUAUAAAUACAUGAUGUACUUAAGGACUCUAAAGAUGUAUCUUACGUUUUUUAUUUCUCUUCAAGCUGCUGUCCCUUGGCUAAUAAAAGUCAGGUAAUUGUUUGGAAAAAAAAAAAGAAAGAGAAGGUUGAACAGUGUUUUAGUGAAAUUGUUUUUAUUCUCUUUCUAAUUGAAGUUAACUCUUUGGGAUAGGACCAGAGUCACUGCUCAGAUUUUCAAAGGAAAUGCUGAUUUACUCUUGUCAUCUGAUGGGAGAAAAUAGAAUUUGAUAUUUUAAGUUUC